ACGAAGUAAUUAGUCGAAGAAAAUUAGUUUGUCAGUAGCUUUGAACAAACGCAUAUUGUGCUUCUCAAGUAAGCAAUGGUUGCUCUGAUGGAUACAUAUACAUGUAAAUUGCUAGUUUUGGUUUUAAGUUUGCAGUGAAAAUGGCAGAACAAUCAUCAAACCGGAGUUUGUUUGGUGGCGCUGUUGUCUGUAAUUUCCCUCCCCGUUUUCAGGAUGUGAGUGAUGUUCGUGAAGUUCCUGAUCAUCAGGAGGCAUUUGCGGACCCUGAAAGAGAUGAAAGUUUGAUAUUUGAGCUGUUGGAUUUGAAACAAGAUGUUCCCGACAAUGGAAGUGCUACCUGGUUCUUUCAAGACCUUGCCUCUGAACAGGACUCUGGCGGAAACAUGAUAAUUGAGCAAUCAGGAGUAUUUGAGGCCGAGUGGUUGCGUUUUAGAAACAUGCCUGCAGUCAUGACUACUGCCAUUGGACAAAUGGCCAUCUCUAAGGGCCGCCAGGGAAGGGAAGCUCAAAAUGUUGUAAAGGUGUACCUUGCAAAUUUGCGCCUAAAGGAAGUCGGCACAGAUGUACUUAUCACUGCCUAUGAGCCCCUUUUGAUAAACCAUCUUAGUGAGAGUGCCAACGCAGUUGGAGCUGGCUUGGCUGUACCUGCAGCACAAUCUGGAUUUAUGCCAAUGGAUGAUGUUUUUAAAUCGGCAGUCUCGAGCUUCAGAGUCCUUGACUGGAGUCUUUUUGGUAGUCCUGCUUAAGAAUCUAUAAGAAGGCUGGUAGAGCACCUUGAUGAUGAUUCACUAGAUUUUAUCAGUAUUAAGUUUUUCUUUAGUUUACUUCUAGGGAAUAUAGUCUGGUUGGAAAAUUGUUUUGGCAUACUGUUGAGUUUUUAGUUUCCUGACAAACUGCCCGUUCUGCAGCUUGCUUAUUGGUGUAACUUUCUGAAAAGCCAUAGUAUGUUGUUUGGUUAAGGGAACUGGGUUUUUAUUAAAAAAGUGCUGGAUAUAGUGGAUUCCUUUGCUAA